AUGAGCGCGAUCUCGGAAGACACCGUCCACGUGGACAUGGAGCAGGAGCGCGAGGAAGAUGAGAUGGAGAGCUUUGGGUUUCAGGAAGAUGACGACGACGAUGAAGAGUACGACUACGAGUCCGACGCCGACGACGACGACGACGAUGGCCAAGCGAUCGCGGCCCCGACCAACACGCCUGCCGACGUUGCCUCGAACGAGUACCGCAUCAUCUCGCCCGACUUGCUGCGCACGCAGAAGGACGACCUCGUCCGCGACGUCGCUUCGAUCCUGUCCGUGUCGGUCGACAAGGCCAGCCUCCUCCUGCGCCACCUCUUUUGGGACAAGGAAAAGCUCCUCAACAUGUACUGGAGCGACCCGGAAGCCGUCGACGCUGCCGCUGGAGCGUGCUUUACAGGCAAAGAAGUGGACGCGGCCACAUGCAAGGACCCGUGCAUGAUCUGCAUGGAGACGCCCGAGAGCGGGUUCACGGCGCUGGGUUGCCAGCACUUGUUUUGUCGCGUCUGCUGGCUGGGGUAUCUGCAGACCAAGAUCUCAGAGGGCCCCUUGUGCGUCACAACGACGUGCCCCCAGCAUGGCUGCAAGGAGCGCGUGAGCGACUCGAUCUUCAAGAAGCUUUUGCCAGCAAACGAGUACAAGGCGUUUGACAAAUUCCUGCUCCGGUCGUUUGUUGACAUCAACCGAAGCAUCAGGUGGUGCCCGGCGCCCGGCUGCAACAAUGCGAUCGUGUCGUCCGGCGGCCUCACGACCGUCUCGUGCUCGUGCGGUUGCCUUUUCUGCCUUCGCUGCGGCGAGGAAGCGCACGCGCCCGUCACGUGCGACCAGCUCGCGCUUUGGCAAGAAAAGUGCAAGAACGAGAGUGAGACUGCCAACUGGAUCCUAGCCAACACCAAGAAAUGCCCCAAGUGCUCGGUGCGCAUCGAGAAGAACCAGGGCUGCAACCACAUGACGUGCCGCGGUUGCAAGUACGAGUUUUGCUGGAUCUGCAUGGACGUGUGGUCCAACCACAACUCGGCCACAGGUGGCUACUACAAGUGCAAUCGCUACGAUCCGGCGGCGGCGCCGCAGGACACGGACGCGGCGCGUGCCAAGGCCGAGCUGGACCGCUACCUUCACUAUUACCAACGCUAUGCCAACCACGCCGAAGCAGGACGGUAUGCGCUGCGCAUGCGCGAAAACACGGACGCGCGCAUGACCGAGUUUGAAGCCGAAGCCAACGGCUCGUACAUGGACGUGGGUUUUCUGAACGCGGCGAUCGAGGCCAUGGUUGCAUGCCGCCGCGUUCUCAAAUACUCGUACGUCUACGCGUACUACUUGUCGCCGGGGCCGGAGAAGAACCUCUUUGAGUACCUCCAAGAGGAUCUUGAACGAAACACAGAACACCUCACACAUUUGGCCGAGAAGCCGCUCAACGAAAUUGACCGCUCAGAGCUCAACAACUACACACGCGUGACGGAGAAGUUUCUCAAAAACCUACUUGGCGACGUCGACGACGGCCUCGUGCAAGAGUAG